UGUUCUUUCAGUCAAUUGAAAAAAAGGAAUAAAUUCAAAAUGAAAUUAUAUUCAAUUGUGUUGGUGUGCUUUUUAUUGGCAAUUAUUAAGCAAAUCACUUGCCAAUCGCCAGAAGAUUCAAGUUCCAGUCCUUCAACUGCUGCUCCCAGCUCUCCAUCGAGUACGGCGGCAAGCUCUUCUUCCAGCCCACUUGACACUUCAUCUCCUGUCCCGAGCUCAUCGCCAAUUUCUACGUCCAGCUCUUCCACCAGUCCUGCAAGUUCUUCAACUAGUCCUACACCAAGUUCAUCUUCUAGCCCUGCUGACAGUGAUUCUACCAACUUGUCCACAAGUCUUGCAUCAGAAUCUUCGACAAGCUCUUCCUCCACUCCUGAUACAAGUUCUUCUUCCAGCUCUCCAACCAGCCCUCUACCAAGCUCUUCUUCCAGUCCUGAUCCUAGUUCUACUUCCAGCUCUUCAACUAGUCCUGCAUCAAGUUCAUCUUCUAGCCCUACUGACAUUAAUCUACUCGACUCGUCAACAACUACUGCACCAGGUUUUUCCCCAAGUUCUUCUACCAGUCCUGAUACAAGCUCUUCUUCCAGCUUUUCAACUAGUACUGAAACAAGUUCUUCAACCAGCACUUCUACAAGUACUUCUCCUUCAACCAGUACGUCUACAAGCACUUCUCUGAAACCAACAACUACCACCACGCCUAAACCCAUUGAAGAUAAAGCACCAGAAAAACCAGACGAUCAUCAUGGAAGACAUCAUGGAUGGGAACAUGGUUGGGGUCACGGCUUGGGACACGCUUUUGGACAUAGUUGGGGACAUCUUGAUAGAGGUCAAAACAAAGGAUAUGAUAGUGGACAUGGCAGAGGACAUCAUGGAGGUCAUGACAGAGGAAGAGGUAAUAGACACGAAAACCGUGGCAUGGGUUGGAAUUCGCACUACAAACCUCAUCGCAUGUUUUUCUAGAAUUUUUUUAGAGAAAUGUCGAGUCUGAAAACGUCCUUUUUAAUUUUUCACAAAAAAUCAGAUUUUUAAAUUUGACAAAUUUUUUUCUUAUUAAAAAUUAUUUUAUUACUAAAAAUUCUAAUUUUAACUAAAAAUAAUCGAUUCACCAAAAAAAUCCUUUUUUUUUUUUUGAGAAAAAAUCAGAUUUUCAAAUUAUAUUAAGAUUUUCAAAAUCGAAUUCAAAAUUCCAAUUUUCUCUAAAAAUUAAAUUUAUUACUAAAAAUUGCAUUUAUUGCAAAAAAUUACAUUUAUUACAAAAAAUUAAAUUUUUAAUAAAAAAAUUAAUUUUUCGUGGAAAUUUGAUUAUAUACCAAAAAUCUGAUUUUUCACUAAAAAUUUGAUUUGUCACUAAAAAACAGUUAGUCCACUAAAAAUUCAAAAAAAUCCGAUUUUCCUUUAAAAACUCGAUUUUUUUUUUUUUAAAUUUCAAUUUUCAACAAAACAUAAAAUACACAAUUUUUACAAAAUACUGUGUGACCUUCACUUCACAAAAAGCUAUUUGUUCCGUUUCAACUAAACUCUUUGAAAAGCAAAUAUUUAACUCAAAUUUUUAUUUAAUAAAAAACACAUAAAUAAACAUAAAUGCUACAACAAUUUA